AUGGCAGGAAGAGCACGGAAAAUCCGAUGGGCUACUUACUUGAGCAGUCAUUACCGAGAAGACGCACCGACGGUCGAAGUGGGAAUCCUAAAAUCCGGUCUCCUCUGGUCACAAAUGUAUCUUAACUUCUGGGCAAAACGAUUGGGCAAACAAAUUUAUUUCGGACUCCAAGUCACGGAAUUCCUUAUGAAGUUCGUCACAGGCGACACACCAGAGAAUCCAGCUUCAAUCAUGCCAGAACUUGUUGAAUAUCUAAGGUUUCAGAAAUUCCACCGAGUCCCCUACCAGGAAGCAAGUUAUUCGGUUAAGCUCGGACGAUACGUUGGAGACAUCGGGUUUAUGUGUCCUCGGUGUUACCGACAGAAUCAGGCUUCUACGGCACAACGAGUCAGAUAUGCCGAAUUCCGAGACUGCACGAAAUACUUAAGUAUUGCCGCGCGCCGUCCUCGGAGGCAGAGCCAAUGUCCACAAAAAAUGGUUUCUCAUCGCGACUUGAUAGCUGUCAAUCACGAGACGCAGUCUCACAACCUGGAAAUCUUAUGUCCACCGAAAACCGAUAUUCUCUACAAGCCAGCCAUUCCCGAUAAGGCGCGUCCAUUCCAAUUCACGGCGCCCAUUUACAAACUGUCGAUGCCGGCCGGGCAGUUCAAGCGUGCCUCAGUAACAAUCACGUUCAAUUCCAACUCAUUCGUCGAGUUUGACCAGGCAGGACUUCUCUUCUUGCGUCCACAUGCUAAGCUACCAAACCCAACCUCCACAAAUGAAGGCGAUGCCGAAACAAGUCCCGGGUUUGUGAAAAUUGGCCCCGAGGUUUUCCAGGACAGGAUGAGGUAUGCUGUCUCCGGAUCAAACCACACGAUACCGGACUGGAGUCUGUGGCCAGUACCCGACAGAUUUGCGCGAACAGUCACUGUCAGUGUGGAAAUGGUUCGUCAUGGUCCUCUCCUUGGCGCGUUUGUGGUUGAACGCGACGGAGCAAAUGUUGAAAAGACAUUGAUCAGAACUGUCCCGUGGUGCUUUGACGAUAUCGCCGACAUGGAUUCUGAGGUUUGGGUAGGUGUUUAUGCGGCACGGCCAGAUCUGGAUGGUGCCAGCCAUGGAGCUCCACUCCAAGUGCGAUUCAGCGAGUUUGAGAUCGAGUCUACUACAGGAGUUCUUAAAUUUCAAGAUAAAUGGGUCCUCUGA